CGGAGCUCGACUGCUUCGCGGCGCUGUGGCCACGCACGCCCAGGCCGUCGCCCGGGCGAGCGGUUCCCCCGGCAACGCACGGCCGGCCGCCGCAGCCGCCAUGGACGUGCCGAGCGGCGCCGAGCCUCUGCGGGCCCGCAGCCGUGCCGGCACGGCCUCCUCGGGGGCACCGGACCCGGCGGCGCCCUGGGCGCGCUUCUCGGCCUGGCUGGAGUGCGUGUGCGUGGUCACCUUCGACCUGGAGCUGGGCCAGGCGCUGGAGCUCGUGUACCCCAGCGACUGCCGCCUCACCGACAAGGAGAAAAGCAGCAUCUGCUACCUGUCCUUCCCGGACUCCCACUCAGGCUGCCUUGGGGACACCCAGUUCAGCUUCCGCAUUCGCCAGUGUGGAGGGCCCAGGACCCCAUGGCACUCUGAGGACAGAGGCUAUGACAGCGGGGUCCCCACGUGGCUGCAGCGGGAGCCUGCGCACUACUUCGGCUACGUGUACUCCCGGCAGGUGCGGGACAGCUCCGUGCAGAGGGGCUACUUCCAGAAGUCUCUGGUUCUGCUCUCCCGCCUGCCCCUGGUCCGGCUGUUCCAGACGCUUCUGGGCCUCAUGGCCCCCGAGUACUUCGACAAGCUGGCGCCCUGCCUGGAAGCAGUGUGCAACGAGAUUGACCAGUGGCCAGCCCCGAUUCCGGGGCAGACCCUGAACCUGCCGGUGCUGGGAGUGGUGCUGCAGGUGCGCAUCCCGUCCAGGGCGGACAAGCCCGAAUGCAGCCCUCUGGAGCAGCAGUGCCACGAGGACCUGCUGCCUGCGCCUGUGGUCCUCAGCAGCGCCCAUGAGCUAGACCUGUUUCGGUGUUUCCAGUCCGUGCUGACCCAUGUGCAGACCCUGUGGGAGCUGCUGCUCCUGGGGGAGCCCCUGCUGGUACUGGCGCCCUCGCCAGCUGCGUCCUCCGAGAUGGUGCUGGCCCUGAGCAGCUGCCUGCAGCCGCUCAAGUUCUGCUGUGACUUCCGGCCCUACUUCACCAUCCAUGACAGCGAGUUCAAGGAGUUCACCACGCGCACCCAGGCCCCACCAAACGUGGUCCUGGGAGUCACAAACCCUUUCUUUAUCAAAACACUCCAGCACUGGCCCCACAUCCUCCGCAUUGGGGAGCCCAAGAUGUCAGGGGACCUGCCUAAGCAGGUCAAGCUGAAAAAGCGCUCGAGGCUGAAGACCCUGGACACUAAGCCAGGCCUGUACACUGCGUACACCGCACACCUGCACCGCGACAAGGCGCUGCUGCGACGGCUGCUCAAGGGCCUGCAGAAGAAGCGGUCAUCGGACGUGCUGUCGGCGCUGCUGAGGCGCCACCUGCUGGAGCUCACGCAGAGUUUCAUCUUCCCCUUGGAGCACUAUAUGGCCAGCCUCAUGCCCCUGCAGAAGAGCGUCGUGCCCUGGAAGACUCCCCCGCAGAUCGGGCCCUUCCUCCAGGACGACUUUCUGCGCAGCCUGGAGCAGGCGGGGCCCCAGCUCACCUGCGUCCUCAAGGGCGACUGGAGGGGCCUCUACAGGCGCUUCUUCAAGUCUCCCCACUUCGAUGGCUGGUUCCGGCAGCGGCACCGGGAAAUGACCCAGAAACUGGAGGCCUUGCACCUCGAGGCCAUUUGCGAGGCGAACCUUGAGAACUGGAUGAAGGACAAGUCUGAGGUGGAGAUCGUUGACCUGGUUCUGAAGCUGCGAGAGAAGCUGGUGCGGGCACAGGGCCACCAGCUGCCCGUGACGGUGGCCACACUGCAGCGGGCAAAACUGUACAUCGACACGGUCGUGGGCUCCCUGCCCAAGGACCUGCAGGCCGUCCUCUGCCCGGCCUAGGGGCUCCUGGUGUGCUCGGCUUCCCUCAGCGCGUGAGCCCUUUCACUGGCUCUCCCCUGCCAU